AACCCACCCAGCACUUCCGGCACACCCUUCUACCCGCUGCUUUCCUUCCCCCAACUUCCGGUUCGCCCUAGGCCUGGACACCCUCCUGCCUGAGCAUUACUGUUUUCCGACAGGCGUCGCCACCCACGCAAGGGUUAUGGCUUUGUGGCCUGGCAUGCCCCAACCGAGGCCUCCCUGCCUGGCUAGACAGCGGGGGAACACGGGUGAGAUCCCUCUUCCUCUGGCUUCGCCUGUCGCCCAGAGCUGGAUAGAAAAGAUGGCCGCCACCUGGGAGCGGCUGGGCGCAGAUCUCCGUGGGGGUGCCUGGGAGUUGUAGUCCGAGUGGGCGCGGUGACGCACUUCAUCGCGGAGAGACGGGCGCCAUUGUGCGCCGUGCGCCGGACUUUGUUCAUUCAUACAAGACCCAUCGAAGAGGAAAGUAUGGCCUCCGGGCUUCCGACGGCCUGGUUCCAUGAACCAGUGAUCUUUGAAGAUGUGACUUUGGGUUUUGACCCAGAGGAGUGGGGACUGCUGGACCUUGAACACAAGUCCCUGUACAGAGAGGUGAUACUGGAGAACUACAGAAACCUGGUCUCAGUGGAACAUCAGCUUUCCAAGCCAGAUGUGGUAUCUCAGUUAGAGGAGGAGGAAGAACUGUUGUCGGUGGAGAGAGGAAUUCCUCAAGACACUUUUUCAGAGUGUCCCAAGACUCAGUUGUACCCUCAUUUGGAUCCUUUUCCUGCCGAGGAACCCCUGAUGAAGAUCGAGGUUGUUGAAGUUCUCACACUCAACCAGGAGGUAGCUCGUUCCCGGAAUGCCCAGAUCCGGGCCCUGUAUGCUGAAGAUGAGGGCCUGAACCCAGAGGUCCUCCAGGGGUCCACUCAACCACUGGGCAGCCAUCCAGCUAACUCUGAGGCUGCACGCCAGAGCUUCCGUGGGUUUCGCUUUGAGGCGGCAGCAGGGCCCCGAGAGGCCCUGUCCCAGCUCCGCAAGCUCUGCCACCAGUGGCUACAGCCCGAGGCACACUCCAAGGAGCAGAUACUGGAGCUGCUGGUGCUGGAGCAGUUCCUGGGCACGCUGCCUGGGAAGCUCCGGAUAUGGGUGGAGUCUCAGCACCCAGAGGACUGCCAGGAGGCAGUAGCUCUGGUGGAGGAUGUAACCUGGAUAUCUGAGGAGGAAGCAUCACCUGACACGGACCCUACCUGCUCUCUGGAGACUACAGCUCAGGAGGAAAAGGAGGAGGAGGAGACUACUUGCCCAUCAAAGGCACUACCUGAGGAACCAGUGACUUUCCUGGAUGUGGCUGUGGACUUCAACAGGGAAGAAUGGGAUCUGCUGGACCCAGCACAAAGGACCGAAUACCAUGACGUGAUGCUGGAGACCUUCAGACACCUGGUCUCCGUGGGGUGGGAGAAUACAUUGGAAAGCAAAGAAUUAACCCCCAAGUCUCCUAUUCCUGAGGCAGAACCAGCCCAUGACCAGAAAGUGGAGAAACCCUCAAGGGCCGAGGCCUUGUCUUCUACCUCAGGAGAUGCCUUGCAGGGUAGGGCCCCAGAAGCUCAGGACACAGCAUUGAAACAUGAGGGCCUGACUCAGGUGGAAUCCCUCUCUCAGAAGCAGCACUGUGAAAGCUCCAGAUCCCAGGUAGACACAGGUCUUGACCCAAGCCAUGUUUCACCCCAGAAAACUCUACCUAAGAAACACUUGCGCAAGCGUGGCUCACGAGUUAAAAAAGUGAUGCAUAAUUCCCGUGAAAAAAUCCAUCAGAAAAGCCGCAAAGGGAACAAAGCCAGGGAAAGCAGUGGUUGUGGGAUCGUUGGUCAGAGCACCCAGCAGGUUACAUUUACGAGAAUUCAUAAGGGGAGCCAAAUUUGCCGAUGCAGCGCAUGUGGUAAAACUUUCUGCAACCCAAGAUAUUUCUCUGUACAUAAAAAAAUACACACAGGAGAGAAGCCCUACGUGUGUCAGGACUGUGGGAAAGCCUUUAUUCAGAGCUCCUCCCUCACGCAGCAUCAGAGAAUUCAUACUGGAGAGAGACCGUUUAAAUGUCGUGAGUGUGGGAGGACUUUCAACGAUCGCUCAGCCAUCUCCCAGCAUGUGAGGACUCACACCGGAGCCAAGCCCUACCAGUGUCAGGUCUGUAGAAAAGCCUUCCGCCAGAGCUCCCAUCUCGUCAGGCAUCAGAGGACCCACACUGGGGAGCGCCCCUACACGUGUAAUGAAUGUGGAAAGGCCUUCACCCAGAGCUCGCACCUCAUAGGGCAUCGGAAGACGCACAGUGGGCUGAAAUGCAAGAAGAAACACCUACCUCAUAGUGCUAAAGCCUGUUGAAGAGAUGCUGCCUUUUCAACUCAGUCCUGUAUCAGAACAUAAAUGAGUGUGAUUGGAACUUGAAGUGUUGAAGGAUGAUGUUCAUGAGACCAAAGGACAACCAGGGAGACUGCCCUUAAUUAUUAACUGGUGGGGUGUCGCUGAUAAUGAAUGUAACUGCUGGAAAAACAGAUUUAACUUUUUACUCAGUUGAUUUGCAGUUAUAAUAGGGUCAUUAAAAGUGGUAUUAGUGAAACCUGAGAAUUGCUUAAAGUGAAAAAGUAUGCACUGAUAAUUAUAUUUGUGAUAAAGUAUUUAUGUGUGUAAACAAGGACAAAAAGGGAAGAUAAAUAAACCAUAUAUUUCUGUGGCAGAA